ACGCUGGGAAAUCUCUUUCUCAUCUCAUGACUACCUGUCGUCCCUGCCCAAUCGUGAGUCAGCUUCCUGCCUUGUGAGGAUUCUGAUAGUCUCUGUCCAACUCUCUCGCUCCCAUACACACACCUCGUCGUCGGCUGUCCUUCCAGUUAACCUAUCACCUCAGAACUUGCCCAUAGCGGAACUCACCAAACGCACACAACACCAUGGGCCUAUACAGCUACUUCCGGGCCGAGAAGCCCAGGAACACCGCCCUUUCUCCCAGCAACACCAUAAUGAGGGCCCUCCCACCACCACCACUCUCCCCGGUUCACCACGGCGGACUGUUCGAGGGAUCCCUGCCAGUCCCGAUAGACCUGGCAGACUUCGGCCUGCAGAUCCCGCCGUCGAGCUUCGGGUCGUCGCGGCACUCGAUAUCGGGGCGCUCGACCAACAGCUCCGUCUUCCUCGACGACAUCAAGCACGAGGUCAUGGUUAACUACCUGUACCAGCAGCAGUGCGCGCACCUCUGGGUCAGCGACGGCAGCGGCGAUGUCGAGGGCGUGCUGCUGCGCAAGACGAGGGGCGCGUACAUGGCGUGCCCACCUACGCUGUUGGAUUCUCCGUUCGCGAUGUCGUGUACCGCUCUUAAUGUCCAGUGUGCCAUGACCGUGAAUUCCAGAGUGAUCAAGACCUUCCUGUCCUGGUCCCCAGAUGCCGUGGACGUGCCGUUGAUGAACGGCCUCCGCAUCCAGAUCCUGCCGACGAUGGACGAUCUCGCCAGGGCGCGGAAGCACCAGUUCGCCGCCUUCGUGGCGUCGGAGGCCCUGCUGGUCGUCUGGGACGACGACGCGCUGCAUCUCGUCCAGCGCGCCAAGGCCAUCGAGUCGGAGCUCAUGGAGCUCGUCUGGCAGACCGGCGAGAUCGGCGAGGAGGAAGGCGAAAAAACCCCCCGCAUAUUCACGGGCGGCGAGAUCGAGAUCGACGAGGAGAGCGGCCAGAUCAAGCCGGAAAAGCGGCCGGUCCAUCUGCUGAACACCUACCUCGUCUCCUUCGUCCUCGUCAUCGUUACCACGUCCCUGGGCGCGGCGUGGAGACAGCUGGCGAUCGAGGUGUCUGUCGACGGCAGCUAUGUGCGACUAGCCCUCAUAGGACUCUUCCCCAUCCAAGUUUUCUUCUCCCUCUUCUUCGCGCAGGUCCUCGUCGGGUGUCUCGCCCAGAUAUUCGGCCCCAUUCGCCAGCUUACCAUCAAUUCUAAAUUCUACUCUGCGCGUCCGCCGCCCCGGUUACGGACACCAACUUUACCUCACAUUACAGUACAAUGCCCCGUCUACAAAGAAGGCCUCGCCGCCGUCAUCCUACCCACCGUCCGCUCCGUGAAACAAGCCAUCAGCACGUACGAGCUGCAAGGGGGCUCCGCCAACCUCUUCAUCAACGACGACGGGCUGCAGCUGAUCCCGGAGGAGGAGCGGCAGGCGCGCAUCAGCUUCUACGCGGACCACAGCAUCGGCUGGGUCGCGCGGCCGCGCCACGGCGAGCACGGCUUCCUGCGCCGGGGCAAGUUCAAGAAGGCCUCCAACAUGAACUUCGCCCUCAUGAUCUCCUGCAAGGUCGAGGACAAACUGGCGCUGUACGACCGCGGCCUCGGCUGGUCGCAGACCGACGAGGCGUUGGCGUACGAGAAGGCGCUCAAGGAGGUGCUGCAGGAGGACGGGCGCGCGUGGGCGGACGGGAACAUCAGAGUGGGUGAUUAUAUACUGCUGGUCGACUCGGACACGAGGGUGCCGUCGGACUGCCUGCUAGAUGCCGUGUCGGAGAUGGAGCAGUCGCCGGACGUGGGGAUCAUGCAGUUCAGCUCGGGCGUGAUGCAGGUCGUGCACACGUACUUCGAGAACGGCAUCACCUUCUUCACGGACCUCAUCUACAGCGCGAUCCGCUACACGGUGUCCAACGGCGACGUCGCGCCCUUCGUCGGCCACAACGCGAUACUGCGCUGGAGCGCGAUCCAGCAGGUCUCGUACGAGGACGAGGACGGGUACGAGAAGUUCUGGUCCGAGUCCCACGUCUCCGAGGACUUCGACAUGUCGCUCCGGCUGCAGUGCAACGGCUACAUCAUCCGGCUGGCCGCGUGGGCCGGCGAGGGGUUCAAGGAGGGCGUGUCGCUGACGGUGUACGACGAGCUGGCGCGGUGGGAGAAGUACGCGUACGGGUGCAACGAGCUGCUGUUCCACCCGAUCCGCAAGUGGCUGUGGCGGGGGCCCUUCACCCCGCUGUUCCGCCGCUUCCUGUUCUCCAACAUCCGCCUCACGUCCAAGGUGACCAUCAUCUCGUACAUCGGGACGUACUACGCGAUCGGCGCGGCGUGGAUCAUGACGUCGGUCAACUACUUCAUCAUGGGCUGGUUUAACGGUUACUUGGACAAGUACUACAUCGACUCCUGGCAGGUCUGGUUCUCCAUCAUCAUCGUCUUCAACGGGCUCGGCAACGUCGCGCUCGCCGUCAUGCGCUACCGCGUCGGCGAGCGCACGCUCGGCUACGCCGUCUACGAGAACUUCAAGUGGACGUUCCUGCUAGCCAUUUUCCUAGGCGGCCUCUCCCUGCACGUCAGCCAGGCGCUGCUCGCGCACAUGUUCGAGAUCGACAUGACCUGGGGCGCCACCUCCAAGGAGGCCGAAUUUUCCAACUUCUUCAUCGAGGUCCCCAAGGUGCUCAAGAAGUUCAAGUACUCCAUGGCGUUCUCGCUGCUGUUCCUCGUCGGCAUGAUCAUCGUGGCGGUUGCGCCGUUUGUCCCGCAUAACUGGCGCAUCACGGACUUCGUCGCCAUCUUGCCCAUGGCUACGGUCGCGAGCAGUCAUUUUCUGUUACCGCUCGCGCUGAACCCGGCGCUCAUGACGUUUUCGUGGUGAUCAAGCCUAAGCCCAAGCCUAAGCCCAAGCCUAAGCUUAAGCCAAAGCCAAGGCAUAGUUAUAUUAUAAUAUUAUAUCGCGGCUAUUAAUAAGCCCCAAAAAUAUUUCGUCGUGGCU